AUGGGGCUUCUGACGAUCCUACAAAAGAACAAAUGGGAUGUUGGUGGACAACGCACACUGCGGCCUUAUUGGCGCAAUUACUUCGAAAAAACAGAUGGAAUUGUUUGGGUUGUCGAUAGUUGUGAUGCGGUUCGGAUGCAAGACUGUCGCGCGGAGUUGUGGGCACUUCUUGGCGAAGAGCGCCUAGCCGGAGCCAGCAUAUUGAUUCUUGCUAACAAGCAAGACCUUCCCGGCGCUCUACCACCGGAAGAGAUUCGAAAGCUUCUGAGUCUCCAUGAUAUUGCUACACACUCGUGGCGCAUUCAAUCAACCAGUGCCUAUACCGGAGAAAAUUUAUUCGAUGCAUUUGACUGGCUCUUAGAGGACAUCCGCGCCCGUCUAUAUUAUCAUCAUAGAGAAGACACGAAAGUGUGA